GCUUCGUGUCCGAUCGCCCGCCCCGCCCCGCCCAUUCCCCGCCUCCGUCCUUGCCCCGUUGCCCUGGAACCCGUUGUAAAUAUCCCGAGGCGGGCGGCGGCCUCUUUAAGCGCAGCGCAGCCCGGGCCCGCCAACGGCCUGGGGCGGGGGACGGGGGGUCGGCUUGGGAAGGGAUGCGGCGCGGCGCGGCGCGGAGCCGGCGGCACUAGAAAAAUGCAUUAUGAAUGAUGCCCCUGAUUGCGAAAAUGAACGCCAAGAGCUCACGUUCUGAACGUGAGGAUAAAAAGAUUUGGAAAGGAGCCAACAGUUCUACCUAUAGCUACUACUAAGGUCUUCCCUGUCAAAAUGAACAUUCUUUGAGAAAAAUCUGAACAACUGUCAUUUGAAAAAUGGGAGAAAGAACAAGGAGCUUGGAUUCUGCCCAUGACAGAACAUCCGAUGGUGAUAAAAAUAGCAACUCCUACUAUUCAGAUGAAGAUAAUGCAUCUCAUGCUUCUGAUCAAUCACUUUCACUAAGCUCUCAGUCUACAAGCCAUGGGAAAAAAGAUCACAAAACACAGACAUUGAGCAGCCUUGUGCAUUACCAAGCCACUAAAAAACCAGUUUCCAAAUAUGCACCAGCCAAAAGAGGGAGAAGGUGGGGUUUUCGCUCCCAGAGCCUCAAUAGCGAUUCUCCUACAAAAGAUAUAGAUCUUGUUACAAAAAGGGUUCUUUCUGCCAGGCUGCUAAAAAUCAAUGAGCUUCGGAAUGAGCUAACUGAACUCCACAUCAAACUAGAUGAGCUGCAGAAAGAAAACAGGGCACUGAAGAGACUUCAGUACAGGCAGGAGAAAGCCUUAAAUAAGUUUGAAGAUACAGAAAAUGAAAUCUCUCAGCUCCUCGCGCGACAUAACAAUGAGAUUAGAAUUUUAAGGGAGCGCUUACGAAAAUCUCAAGAGAGAGAACGCACAACUGAGAGAAGACUGAAAGAUUCAGAGGAUGAACUGUACAGGACAAAAAAUUCUUUGCAAAAAUUGAAAAAGCUUUCUGAAGAUAAGCACUUAGCUGAACGAGAUGAACUGGCAAAGAAGCUAGCCUCAGCAGAGAACAGACUGGAUGAGAGUGAGAAAAGAAUUAAGGAUUUGGCAAAAAACCUUGAGCUCAAUAACAGCAGUUUCCAGCGACAGUUGCAAUCUGAGAAAAAAAAGGUACAUGAGGCCCAAGAAGAAAAUAAAGCUCUCCAAGAAGAGCUUCAACAACUAAAUCAAAAGCUAAAGGAAAAAGAGAGAGAACUUGUUGCAAAAAAUAUAUAUGCUAACCGUAUGUUGAAGCCAUCACCUAAAAAAGACACAGAUGUUACACAAAGGAAAAAAGCCACCAGCCAGAAUACUAAAAAAGGAUUCCAGACUACAAAAGGAGUACAGACUAGUGGGUACUUCUCACCAAUACAAUUUCCUCCACCACCAGAGUUUGUUUCUGUUUAUGUAACAGAUCAGAAAGAAGAGGAGACACUUCUCAGAACGGAACAGGAAACUCAGAAAAAAGAAUGGAAAGAACAAGCAGAGCAUCUAAGGCAAGAACGGAACAGGGAGAUGGAGGAGAAAUUGAAACAUGACCAAGAACUGCAGGCUUUAGAGGAGAAAGCCCAGAAACUAUGUGAUGAGUGGAAAAAAGAAGAAUUUGACAGAAGGAAAAAAGAAAAUAACUUUUUCUGGGCUAAAGAAGAAGAAAGAAUAAUUGAGUCAGAAAUAUAUAAAACUGAAAAUGAGACAUCCAACACUGAAAAACUAGAAGAAGACCGACAAAAAAAAGAGUUGCUGCUGGCUAAAAUAUCUAAAAUUGACAGAGAAACUCAAAACGCUAUUAGUAUGAAACUUGCUUCGCAAGCACGCCUCACAGAUACAACAUCAAAAUCUGACUCCCUAGAGAAAAAUGAGAAAACUUACCAGUUCUUAGAGACAACAGAGAAAUUGUUUAAUGGAUUUCCAGUAUAUGACAGCCAGGAUGUUGUUACAAAAGCAGAGGGACAGAAGCGGCAAAAUUUUAGAACUACAGAUUCAAGUAAUGAUUUGACAUUUGGUAGUUACGUACCUCCUUUGGGAAAGGAUCCGGGAGCCAAGUGGCUUAAUCAAAAAAGUAUUGUCUUAGAAGAAAAUACUAAAGAAAAUACAGAUUUCAAUACUAAGAAAGAGAAAAAGUCUAAUUUAAUGGAGCCUUUUGGAACUAGUGCCAACACCGUCCUUCCAUCUAAAAGCAGUGACUCAAGUCCUUUGGAAGCUGACUGUGAUUCCGGCAGUGCUCUUGCUCCGGGCAAAAGCAAUAAAGUUAAGGAUGAUGAUUUUUUUUUCAGUGAAGGAAGAAAUUUUAAGCCAAAUAGGCACCAUUUACAGCACACAACAAGCAGGCCAGCAAUUAAGGCUGUUAAUUCUUUCGAAGAUGAAAUUGAUGAAGUAAUCCUGUGAUGACCACCUUUUUAUAUAACUUGUGUGUGUAAAUACUAUCCAAAUAUUUUAAUACAGUAUUUAUUAUAUACAGAUUUGAAAAGUUUCAGAUAUUAAAAAGCCUUAUGAAGGGAUGAUUUCAAUCGAUAAUAUAUUGUAUAGAGGAAAUAUAUACUGCACAUUCAGAUAUACCAAUCUGGCCUACUCUAACCAGUCUGGUUCCUUGUGCAGUUAGUUUUUUUUAAUGUGUCUUUCCAAAUACAGACCAUGAAGAUAAAGAGUUGCGGUGAUUAUUUUUUACAUACCACAGCCAAUAAUCUUGAGGGAAUUUCCUGACAGAUUCCAAUAUAAUGAAACUGAGUUUGGGUAUUUGGUCACUUCUUCAUUCAGGACGUGAUACUAUUUCUACCCUACUCAUAUUCUAGUCUACUCUCUGUAUGUGCAUUUGCCACUAUCAAAUCUGUGCAACUGCCAGGGAAAAUUGGUGGUAUUCCAAAAGGCCACUAUUAAUGCUCUUCCAUGGAUUUGGAUGGGAGGGAAAAUAGUUGGGGAACACUUAUACCUGCUUUUCUAGAGCCAAACAUGACCUGCAUCACUUUUCUCACGAGUCUCUGCCUGUGGCAGUGGAAAGGUCCCAUGAUACUUUCCACACUCUUGUCUCCUGCCAGGGUGUGCAAUGCCAUUAUUCCACUGGGCUGUUCAAACACUUCAAAAUAGAUUCAGUUCAGUUAAUGCAGUGGUCCUAUAUAUAGCUGCUGCAUUUUGUUUGCUUGUUUGCUUUCCCCAAUUGGACUAAAAAUAAUAGAGAUAAUGAGGGGAAGCGGGAUAAUUCAGCCUACAGUUUGGAAGGCCAAGAGUCAUAGCCACAUCAACCUUUUUGUUGUAAGCUAGCUUUGCAUGGCAUAUCUAAAUACUGUUCUGGGAAAAUCUAUGCCAUAGCCAAAUUACUCUUAUUGAAGUGGGUUUGAAGUCCCCACUGAAAAUAAAACAUAUGAACUGCUGAGAAUUUAGGUAAUGAGUUAGGAGAAAGUUAAUAAAUCCAGUAUAUUUUAAAAUAAUUUCCAGAAAUAUUGCAAAAUCUGACUAUCUCCAAGUCAUACAAACAUUUUUUAAAAUUGAGAUAACUGUGCAUUGUUAAAUAUGACCUACCAAAAUAUUUGUGUGAGAUGGCAGAAAGUUAUUGAAACCUCAGAUUCUAUAAAUCCAUGUUAUCAGUUGACUGAUUUCAGAAUCUGAGAAGGUGCUCUGAUAUAUUGGGACAAAUGUGCUAUAAAUGAGAUCCUGAAUGCUUUAAAUAUAGAAGAUUCUUAUAAUUUGGAGUUGUUGCUCGUUCUCCCUUUACAGAAACAUGUUGUCUACUGCCUAUUAGAGAACUGAUGCUGCAGAAACCCAUAGAAGUUCUCAGUUAGCCCAUUGCCUCUCCCUCUUUCCUUCCUAAUUAAAUCAUUACAGUUGGGUUUACAAUGUGAUUUAGCCUUGUGUUGUAUGUACUAGUACAGUGUAUACUUGUUUUAUCUUCCAGGCCAGACCCCUGCUGUAGAUCUCGUUUCCAUGUAAAAAAGAAUUCAUAAUUGGAAGGAAAUAAUUUCUUGAAAAUUAUAAAUGUUCAGAACUGCUAAUGGGGCACCUUGUGAGUUUGCAUACUUGGCUUUGUGUUUUUUCUUAAAUUUUUUUCAACUCUAGUAAUGGACUCCAGAGUGUGAUGCAUAAAGCAUAGUACUGUACUGUUCACACAUACUUUAUUUAAUGUAAAAUAAUAGAAAUAUAAGCACAGGAAUUGGCUAAUGGUUCAGUGUGCUGUUAUGUGAGAGCCUGCAUUCGGGAGCAACCACCGGAUUCCCACGUCAGCCAGCUGACAUAAGAAAAUGGUGUGGAAUAUGGUGCUUUAUCUGAAGGUAGCUAAUAGUGUGUUACCCUUGAUUUGGAGUUCCUCCCUUUGGCUAUUGACAUCUGCUCUCUGUGAUGCAUUCAGAGUGCCUCCUUGUGAUGUUAGGGAAAGGCACAUGUAAUUUCAUCUUUAUGAAAAGGAACAUGUUGUGCGGGGAAUGAUAGGUGGUCACUUAGAAUAAAGGAAUAGGUGAAAAGAGAAUAUAAAAGGCACUCAUGCUAUAGUGAGUCACAGAAGACUCUAUAUAGAAAACAAGUAUCUCAGGAUCAGCAGCUUUUUCCACAUCUUAACAGAAUUUCUUGUCAUUUAAGAAGUUGUUUGGUCCCAGAUAUAUCAGGCUAAAAUAGAUCUCAAAUUGUGUCUGAUUUGUGCUCAGCAUAGCUGAUGAGAGAGGGACGCAAAGGUGACUUUAAGCCACCUUUAUGCUUCUCUCAUCCUCUUGGCAGCCAGGGACUAGUCUGGCUGCAGAGCUACUCUAAAUUUAGCUAGUUUUGUAAGAACCCCAAGGGACUGUUACGUUGCCCGGAGAUCACAGGAGCACAGUGUGCUCUGGUCAUCCUGUCUCUCUGAACCAUGCUCCUGGUACGCCCCCUUUCCAAGGUGAGUCAGGAGGGUGUGUCGGAGAGUCAGCUAUGCUGUCUCAACACCAGGCCAGCAUUCUUCAUGCCAGUGAAACUCUGAUCAGCCCAUUUAGAAUAACUUCACACCCCUUUUUUCAAUACUGCAGCAACAGAAAGUGCUGUAACAUGGGCCAGAAUCUGGCCUGUCAUCUCCAGUUGUGCAUACAUAAGGCUGUUGAUUUAUAAUCUUCAGUUCCAGCUGCCAUACGUAAUUUUGGAGAGAACAACAUUUUUUCAUGAAUGUCUCCAACCAAACACUUACAAAAGGUCAUGAUAGAUUUUGAGCACAUCUGCCAGUGUCUUGUGGCACGCUCAGAGGACUGAGGGAGAGGGCCAGGCUCAGAUGCCUGGACCCUCCUACCAUGAAAAAGCAGCUUUUAACAUUUUUAGUGCAAGAAUAAAUAAUUAGUAUGUGUUCAUUUAAUACAAAGCAAAGAGAAUUUUAUAAUUGAGAUGUUAAAUUAACAUGCCAUAGAGACAAUCAUUUUUAAUGUUUAUAAAGAGAUGCUUUAGUACUGUUCGCAUAUGUAUUAAUUCCAGUUAUAUUUAUUAUGUAACAUCAGUUGCUUUUGUAACUUCUGAUUAAUUUUCUGUAUAAAAAUUCCAAUCACAACAAUGUUGAUUUUUAACAAAAUGGUUUUUAUUAAAGAAUUUGAGUAAA